UUUAGUCAACAGAUUUGAACAACUAAUAUCUACCAUAUUUUUCAUGGGACCUAUUAAUCGAUCAUCAUAUCUUGUUCUCUCUUCAUUGCAGUCCUCUCUCUACAGCUGUCGAAAGCAUUGCGGGACUAAUAUCACGAAAAUUGAGUCGUGAAUUCUCAGAAGUUACUGAGGGCUUGGUUGAAAUAGAAUCUCCAAUGUUGGAAUUGGAGUCAUCUUUAGCUUUUUGGUUAAAGGAUGAGGUUCGCUUUAUAGGAAUUUGGGCGAUGGGGGGAAUGGGGAAGACAACCCUCGCCGAAGUUGCCUAUAAGAUGUUUUCUAAAGAAUUUGAAGCUUGUUGUUUUAUUGAGAAUGUUAGGGAAAAAUAUGAAAAGAAAGGUGAACUUUCACUACAAAAAAAUCUUAUUUCUCAAAUAUUAAAUGACAGAAAUUUGAAUAUAAAAAAUAAAUGUGAAGUAGAACAGGUGAUCCAGAAUAGGUUACGUGGUAAAAGGAUUUUUCUUGUUCUUGAUGAUGUAAAUGACUUAAACCAGUUACAGAAGUUAGCUGGGAAGCGGGAAUGGUUUGGUCCUGGUAGUAGAAUUAUCAUAACAACAAGAGAUAAACACUUGUUAGAGACACAUUUAAUAGAUAAAAUAUAUGAAGUUAAAGCAUUGAAAAAUGAAGGGGCAUUUCAUCUUUUUUAUUCAAAAGCUUUUAAAAACAAACUUGUCCCAGAUGAAUAUUUAGAACUGUCCAAAGGUUUUUUGAAUUAUGUUGGCGGUCAUCCCUUAGCUCUUACCGUUUUGGGUUCAUUUUUGUAUAAAAGAAGUGUUGUUGAAUGGGAAAAUGAGUUUCAGAAGCUCAAAGAACAUCCCAAGCCAAAUGUUAUCCGAGUACUAAAAAUAAGUUAUGAUGGACUUGAUGGGCAGGAUCAAGAAAUAUUCAAAGAUAUUGCAUGCUUCUUUAAUCGCAAGAAGAAAGAUUAUGUAGUACAAAUACUAAAAAAUCAUCUGGGCCGCUAUCCUUUUAUUGGAUUAAGCAAUCUCAUUGACAAAUCUUUGUUGAAAAUUUCUAAAUAUAAUGAAUUGUGGAUGCACAAUUUAGUAGAAGAUAUGGGUAGGGGAAUAGUUCGUCAAGAGUCCCCUGAGCCUGGGGAGCGCAGUAGACUAUGGCUUUAUAAGGAUAUUGAUCAUGUGUUGAAAAACAAUACGGGAACAGGAAAUGUUCAAGCCAUAGAUAUAGAGGGAGCCAGGGAUACAAGAAUUUAUCAUGAAGAAAAAGAGGCAUGUUGUAGACCACAAAUGUUAGCUCCAUUAUUGACACUUCAGGGGUGGGUAUGGACUUUCACAUCAUCCAAAAAACCAGAAGGGCUACUUUGGAACCCUAAAGCCUUUUUGAAGAUGCACAAUCUUAAAUUUCUAAGACUUUGUAGUAUUUCCCUGCAACUUGACACUUUACCUUUACCUAAUAAUUUAAGCUAUUUGGAAUGCAAUGAUUAUCCUUUAAAAUCAUUGCAUUCUUUGCCAGCUGGGCUUGUUGAACUUCGUUUGCCGCGUAGCAAAAUUGAACUACUUUGGAGAGGAAAGAAGAUUUUUAGAAAUUUAAAGUCCAUUAAUAUGGAUGGCUCCUCGGACCUGAUUACCAGCGCUAACUUCAAUGGAGUCCAAAAUCUUGAGGAAUUAGUUCUUGCAAGGUGUCCAAAUUUACGCGAGCUUCACCCAUCCAUCGGAAAACUGAAAAAGCUUAAACUUCUUGAUCUACAAGAGUGCCCAAAACUAACUAGUCUUCCAGACAAGUUUGAAAUGGAGUCUCUUGUGACUCUUAAUCUUACUCAUUGCUUAAAAGUCAAGAAAAUUCCAGAAUUUGUAGGAAACAUGGAUCUCUUACAAGAACUUCUUUUAGAAGGCACUGCUAUUAUAGAAUUACCUUCAUCAGUUGAAUGUUUGACUAGCCUUAAUAUUUUGAUCUUGCAUAAUUGCAAAAAUUUAGUGUGUCUUCCUAACACCAUUUGUAGCUUGACAUUGCUUAAAAAUCUUGAUCUUUUUGGAUGCUUAAAAUUUGACAAAUUGCCAGAGGACUUGGGGAAUCUUGUAAGUCUAAAGAAGCUUGAUUUGAGUGGAACAGCUAUAAAAGAGCUGCCUUCAUCAGUUGAAUUUUUGAUUGGCCUUACUUCAUUGGAUCUAACAGAUUGCAAAAAUUUUGUGCUUCUUCCAAGCACCAUUUGUAGUUUGAAGUCACUAGAUGAAAUUAUUCUUUCUAGAUGCUCAAAAUUUGACAAACUGCCAGGGGACUUGGGGAAUAUCAUAAGUCUAAAGAAGCUUGAUUUGAGUAGAACAGCUAUAAAAAAGCUGCCUUCAUCAGUUGAAUUUUUGAUUGGCCUUACUUCAUUGGAUCUAACAUAUUGCAAAAAAUUUGACAAAUUACCAGAGGACUUGGGGAAUAUCGUAAGUCUAAAGAAGCUUUGUUUGAGGGGAACAGCUAUAAAAGAGCUGCCUUCAUCAGUUGAAUUUUUGAUUGGCCUUACUACAUUGGAUCUAAGAUGUUGCAAAGAGUUUGUGCUUCUUCCGAGCACCAUUUGUAGUUUGAAGUCAUUAGAUGAAAUUUUUCUUUCUGGAUGCUCAAAAUUUGACAAAUUGCCAAAGGACUUGGGGAAUAUCGUAAGUCUAAAGAAGCUUAAUUUGAGUGGAACAGCUAUAAAAGAGCUGCCUUCAUCAGUUGAAUUUUUGAUUGGCCUUACUACAUUGGAUCUAACAGAUUGCAAAGAAUUUGUGCUUCUUCCAAGCACCGUCUGUAGUUUGAAGUCACUAGACUCAAUACAGCUUUCUGGAACAGCUAUAAAGGAGUUGCCUUCAUCAAUUGAAUUUUUGAUUGGCCUUACUUUAUUGUCUCUAAGAGAUUGCAAAAAGUUUGAGCUUCUUCCAAGCACCGUCUGUAGUUUGAAGUCACUAAACAAAAUAUGGCUUUCUAGAUGUCCAAAAUUUGUCAACUUGCCAGAUAACAUUGGGAAUCUCAAACGUGUGAAUUGGCUUGAUCUCGAAGGAACAGCAAUAGAAGUGUUGCCAUCAUCUGUUGGACGUUUGGCUGCCCUUUCUUAUUUAAGCCUAAAAAAUUGCAAAAAUCUUGUGUGUCUUCCAAGCACCAUUUGUAAUUUGAAGAGAGUAGGGUAUCUUAUUCUUACUGGAUGCUCAAAAAUUACCAACUUGCCAGAGAACUUGGGGAAUAUGGAAAACCUAAGCGAUCUUUUUUUGGAUGGAACUGCUAUAAAAGAGUUACCUUCCUCCACCAUUCACCUUAAAAGGCUCAACAAAGUAUCUUUCGAGGGAUGUCAAUUGUCAUCAUCUUCAUUGACUUCUAUGCCGAGAAGUAAAACGAUAGAUCUCAGUGACUGCAACCUUUCGGCAAUUCCAAGCGGUAUUGACCGCUUCUCUAGAACGGAGCUUCAAAAUUUAUAUCUAAUGGGAAAUGAUUUCGUUUCCCUUCCUGAAAGCAUCUCUCAAUUCUCUAGACUAGAAUAUCUUUACUUGGAUGGUUGCAAAAGCCUUCGAUCAUUAUCAAAUAUUCCGUCAAGAGUUUAUCAUAUAUAUUUAGGCAAUUGUACUUCACUGGAGAGAUUGCCAGAACCACCAAUUGAUUUCUUUUCAUUUUUUGGGAAAUUCACUGUCCAGUGUUUCAACUGCUUCAAAUUGGCUUACAAUAUUCAAACCUUCAGUAACAUUUUUCAGGGACAAAGUAGUCAACAAUUUGAGAAAUGUUAUAUUAUUCCUGGAAGGGAAAUUCCGAAAUGUUUUUCCAAGAACAAUUGCCGCUUUCCGAAAACUCCUGGCUGCUUUAUUGAUGAGAAGGGAUUCCAUCAAGUUGAGCUUGAAAUAGUUACCCAGGGCGGCGUGGAGGUGGAGAAAAUUGGGUUUCGUGUGGUAUAA